AUGGCGGACAGUAUAAUAAAUAACGUAACUAAUCCCAGUAAAUCCAGAUCAUUACUCGGUGAUGCUCCUGCAAAAAUUAUGGAACAAUUGGAGUUGGCUAAGUAUGCGAGAGACUCUGGCAUGUUUGCAGAUUGUGUUAAUGCUCUUGAAGGCAUGCUAAGGAGUUUUUUUCAGACUCAAGAAGAUUAUUCCAAGCGUUUAGAAAUUCAGCUGGCUGUUCAGCAACAUAGAUGCAUGGAAUUGAAUGAGAAAUGGAAGAGUGCAGAGAAUCAAAGUAGAAUGCACAAAAAUUAUCUCGAUGAAACUAGAAAGAGUCUCAGCGAAACCAAAAAAAAUCACGACGAAAUUAUCAUAGACGAGCUUCGUGAGAAAAUACAGCAAUAUGAGCGUGAGAUCGAAAAGUUUGACGAAAGAUAUGCUCAACAAGUACAAAUUAACGAAAGAAACCAACAAAUUAUUCAUCAUUACAAAUGUAAAUAUGAUUACGGAAUCGAUCCCGACAGUGAAGUAAUCUCUUUGCGUCAGCGGAUUCUUGCAUUGGAGAAGCAACUUAGCGAAUUUCGGAACGCAACAGCAAAGAUCAAAAUACACGCCGAAAAACUGGAGGUCUCUUUUCGUCAUGAGUUACAAGAAAUGCAACAACGUUAUAAAGAUGCCGAAGCUAGAGAGGCCGCUAUUCAGAAAAAGUAUGUUCUACUCAAGGAUGAUAUCACUAAAAUGUCCAUUCAAAACGGUAAUGAAGAAGUCAAAGAACUUUCAGCAGGACCUAGUUGCACAAAUCCAUUGACUGAACUCGAACUGGAAAUCAGUGUUUUGCGCGGGCAAAAAGUCGAGUUGGAGAAACAGCUUUACGAAGCACAAAACGCUGCCGGGAAGGAAAAAAUAGGGAUUGAGAGAAAAUCUACAGAUGCCGAAGUUAGAACGGCUGAAUUGCUGAGGAGAAGUAGUCUAUUCAAGGACGGAACUGCUAUUGACGAUACUACUAACGUCAAACAGGACGAUAACGAUGAGGAUCUCCUCCCACUCCAACUGACGGUAAAUAUUUUUAAACUGCAAGACAGUUUAAAAGAAUUGACCCAUAUCAAAGGUCGAUAUGUUGUUCUCGAUGCGCAAGGAAUCACUGCACUCUUGCAAAAAUACAAUUGUCAGACUGACUUUAUCUCAAAGCCAAUCGUCAGCAGUGCGUUGCAAAGACAUAUUAUUGAGAGUGUGUUGCAGGCUACAGACAUAUAUUUCAACGAGUAUCUGGAUGCGAAAAACAAUAGCAUUUGGGAACAGUACACUGAGACUGAUCUGGACCAUUUGCUAGAAAUGAUUAUCUUGAACACAACGUUAAAUCUGAAUCGUUAUAUAAGAAAGUUAAUAGAGAAACGCAAGGGAAAUGACGAAUCGACGUGUAUGGCCGAAGCAAGGAUAGAUCAACAAGUGUAUGCUGUGCUUGACGAUCGUGGCUUUGCGUCCGUCGAUCAUCCACUUGUAGAACACCUAGUCCUGAGCGUAUUGACGGAUCUUGACAAAUAUCGUCAACUUCAGGAUGAAACGAGAAAGAAAGAUAUCGAAAAAUUAAUCUUUCCCAUCAUCCGUGAGAUUAUUCGUAUAUUUUAUUUUAGUUAUCGGACCCAAGUUCCUUAUGUUGAGUAUCACUUUUUCGAGAGAGGGGAAAUGUUCGAUCCCGCUAUAAUGGAACGUCUUGACGACGAUGGCGAGGAGCCGGGAAUGCUAGUUGUUGAGAUUUGUUCGUUUCCCCUGAUUGGAGUGAAUAUCAACGAUGAGCGGAAGAGGCAGGUCUUCAACAAAGCGCAAGUCCGAGUGAGAUCAAGCUAG